AGUUCCUACCAGACUCCUGCUGGGGGUCCCAUCCACCCCAUGGCCGGGCGCAGGUCUUCAAACGUCUUCCCCCUCCCAGGCAAUAGUGGUGGUGGCCUGGAAGGGCCAGUUCCCAUGCGAGUUGACACCCCAACCUGGUUGAGCAGCCAGGCAGCUACAAGCAGGUUAAUGGUGCGGCCAGGUAUGCGGCCAGGUAUCUCUCCAGGCCCUGAGGUAUGGGGAAUACCUCUAGGUCCCUCACCUUAUGAAUUCCGAGGUGGGAUAGCACCCUACGGAGCUUGUGAGACAAGGGCCUGGUCCCAGAGUUCCUCUGAGGAUACCUGCCCAGGACCCUAUAUCGCUUUGAGGUACAUGCCAAAUUUGGCACUGCCAGAGGACGUUUCAGCCAUACAGAAAGAGAUGGAGCAGCUGGCCAAGGAGCUGAGACAGAAGAGGAUGACCCUGGGGUACUCGCAGGCCGAUGUGGGAUUCGCUGUGGGAGCUAUGUUUGGGAAGGUUCUCAGCCAGACAACCAUAUGCCGCUUCGAGGCCCAGCAGCUCAGCCUUGCCAACAUGUGGAAGCUGCGACCCCUGCUGAAAAUGUGGUUAGAGGAAGUAGAUGAGAAGAAUCUUCUGGGCAUAUGUAGAAUGGAGAUGAUCCUGCAGCAGGCCCGGAAGCGGAGACGUGCAAGCAGAGAAAGACGCAUUGGGAGCAAUCUGGAAAAACUGUUCUUGCAAUGUCCAGAGCCCACGCCCCAGCAAAUCAGCUAUAUUGCUGGACGCCUCCGGCUGCAGAAGGACCUCGUCCAAGUGUGGUUUUCUAACCGGAGCCAGAUGGGCAGUUGGCCAGCCAAUGAUACCUCCCGGAGGGAGAAUAUGGGGGCAAAUGGGCCUCCUUUCCCAGGGCCACCAGUGUGCUUUCCCCUGGCACAGGGGCUCCAUUUUGAUUUCCCCCAUUAUGGGGGGUCAUGUCUUACACCCCUGUACUCCUCUACCCCAUUCCCUGUAAGAGGAGCCCUUUUGUCUGCCCCAACCACCACUCUGGGCCUCCCCAGGCUGUCAAGCUGAGGGGCCUACCCUGCAGGGCAAUGAGAGAAUAGAGAGAAGUGGGUUUUGUUUCAGGGUUAGCAUUCAGUUCUCUGACUUAGUGGUAAGGGUGGGAAUUGUUAAGAAAGUCUUGGGAGGGAAGUUAAAGCUUAUCACUUGCUUAGUUUUGUUCUUAUCUUUGUUUACCCCUGGUGUUGGCAUUACAAUAUAUUUAUGGUUUUAACCUUCUGUUUCUUUUUUAUUAUUAAUUAAAGAUGCUCACUGUUCCUUAUUGUUAUCAGGAAACAUAGUUUCUUUCUUUAUAAACACAGUAUAAAAUUUAAAACACAAGUCACAUAAGACUACUAUACCAGUGUUCAUUAAAAACAAGCAGAG